AUGGCCCAACUCAACUACCGCACAAUCAACAUCGAUGUCCUGGACCCCGAGUCCUCGAUCAACUUCCCCAUGGACACUCUCCUGCCGCCUACCCUCCCAGCCCCGACGACCUCCGGCGCUGCGGCCUCCGUCGUUAACCAGGUGCGCCAGCUCCUCCGCAGCGGCGACAACGAGGGAGCUCUGCGGUACGUGCUCGAGACGGCGCCGCUGGGCGGCGAUGACCGCGCGAAGGAGGUGCAUCUGGCAGCUGUCGUGGAGGUCUUGCAGGGUAUUCGUCAAGGGGAGAUGAGUCGCGUGUUGGAGGCUGUGUGUACCGGUGAGGGUGGGUCGGAGAGAGCGGAUUGUUUGAUGAAGUAUUUGUACAAGGGCAUGGCGGCGCCGACUCCUAGUAACGCGGCACAGUCGCCUCGCAUGUCGCCGCAGAGCACGGGAUUUUCGCAGAUUCAGGCCCGCAAUCUGGGUGAGGGAGGUGGCGGACAGCAGAUGAGUGUGUUGUUGAACUGGCAUGAGAAGUUGGUGGAGGUUGCGGGGACGGGGUCCAUUGUUAGGGUCAUGACGGAUCGGAGGACUGUUUAA